CUGUUAUUUCAGGCGUGAGCCAGUAAGAGCCGAACCUCUGUCUAGGAACCACACCCUUCGGAACUUUGUAAGCAUGCGUACCCUACACGGAAGCGCGCACGGCGCUAGGUGCACUGUUCCGCAAACAACAACUGCAGCGCCCCAGUUGUCAAUUCGCCGCUUGCGUGGUGCAGUUCGCGCUGCCGCCUCCGCCACCGCGCCAGCACCGUCAGCGUCGGGCUCCCCCUUGGCAAACAAUGGCGCAGCCGUGGAUUGGCACCUUCAAACGCUAAAGCACGUAGUGGAUUCUGGCCAGUUUAACCGCGCGGCGGUUGACGUGGUCUUCAAUGAGGCUUUGAAAAUGGAGAAGGUCCGCCCUGGCACACCCGAAUCCAAGGUGCUCGACGGUUUCAUCAUGUCGACGCUUUUCUAUGAGCCUUCAACGCGCACACGGCUGUCUUUUGAGUCCGCUAUGAGCCGUCUCGGUGGCACCGUGCUGUCCACCGAGUCUGCUGGCGAGUACUCAUCCGCUGCCAAGGGCGAGACGCUUGAAGACACUGUUCGCACGGUCGAGGGCUACGCGGACUGCAUUGUCAUCCGCCACUUCCAGGAGGGAGCGGCCAAGCGGGCGGCCGCGGUGGCCUCCGUGCCCAUCCUCAACGCGGGAGACGGACCCGGGCAGCACCCCACGCAGGCCCUGCUGGACCUGUACACCAUCCAGCGCGAGAUCGGGCGGCUGAGCGACAUCAAGGUGGGCAUGAUCGGCGACCUGGCCAACGGCCGCACCGUGCGCUCGCUGGCCAUGUGCCUCUCCAUGUACGACAACGUGCAGCUGUACUUUGUGGCGCCGGAGGUGGUGCGCAUGCGGGACGACAUCAAGUCCUACCUUACUGCCCGGGGUGUCAAGUGGACGGAGGUGUCGGACCUGCGGGAGGUGGCGGCGGACGUGGAUGUGCUGUACCAGACCCGCAUCCAGAAGGAGCGCUUCCAAGACAUGACCUCCUACGCGGCCGCCAAGGGCAAGUACAUCAUCGACCGGGAGGUGAUGCGGGCGCUGCAGCCGCAUGCGGUGGUCAUGCACCCGCUGCCCCGAGUGGACGAGAUCACCACCGAUGUGGACAGCGACCCUCGCGCCGCCUACUUCCGCCAGGCGCGCAACGGCCUCUACGUGCGCAUGGCGCUGCUGAAGCUCUGCCUGGCGGACGGGCGCAGCGACAUCCGGCUAUGAGGGGGCGGGGUGGGGCAGAUCAGCAGCCUGGGGGGGGGGCAGGGUGGGGCAGGGCAGCAGCCUUCGAAGGGGCUGGGCAGCGCAGGGCAGGAAGCUGUGAAGGGGCAGGGCAGCAGCCGCGGAGGAACCUGUGAGGCGUCAUCGCAUCCCCUGUACGGACGGGCGGCAGCAGCAGUGACGGUAGGAGUACCGUCCUCUUCUGGGUUGACCCAUCCCUGUUGUGUUGGGCUGUGUUGAGUUCAUGGGGCACAGCAGACGGAAGGACAGCAGCAGCGACGGCAGUAGUAAAGCGGUGUCUGAAGCAUGGACAUGCAUGACGACAGGAAGCCGGUGGACUCGCAGAAUGUGCAGCACAGCGACGUAUGCAGCUGCGUCCCCUGCGGAUUGCGGAGCUGCGAUGAUGGAAUUUGAGGAAAUUGAGGAAGAGAGGGAACCGCACGGGCACUGUAGUAGUUGGGUAAAGCAAGGGCACAUUGAUUAGAGUGGUACUGUAAUAGAUGUAAGCUGGUGCCAGUGGUAGUUGUUGCGGCAAUGCGCUGUUUUUUGUUGGAUGGUUCUCGUUGGGAGUUUGGUCCGGGUUUGAAAGUUGGUUGUGAGGAAGCUAAAGGAGGAAAGCGGCGAAAUGAGUAGGAGGGGAUCUUCUUUUGGCAUGGCUUUGUGGCCGUGCUAAGUUCCGUUGCGGGCGCGUUUCCACAUUGACUUUUACAGUCAACCUUACCGUUGUACCUGACAUCGUCAACAUGUCCUGUCCUGUCGGGCACUCGCAGGCGCCCGGGCCCAUGCACCCUGCGUCGCAGCGGCGGCCAGCAACCGCAAGCUUUUAGACGUGGAGAUGUGUGAGGGGAAGGUUUACUUGCAAGAGUGCAGUAGAUUUUGUGCAGUAGGACGUUUUUGACCGAGUAUUCGGCUACCUUUGUAGCAAGAUCCAAGAAAGAGUGCAUACACCCCUGCAGGGGACGGCUGGAAAGGUAGGGGAAGUUUAAGCUAGGGCGCAGCCAGUCAGUCAGUCCUCCGCCCUUGUAUAGCGGUGAGCGCACAUGCGCACAGCUGUGUCGCGUUUCCUGGCGUGCUGCUGAGCUCUAGUAACGGAAGGAAGAAUGCAUUGGUUGGGGAAGAAUAGGAAGUAUUGCUGUUGGGACAGGUCGGGAUACGCUGGUUGACGGUUUAGCAGGGGGUGCAGCGGCUUUGUGUUGCUGCUGUGCCUGCUAGUUUUCGGCCUUCCUGGACGUGUGAAUGAAGCACACUGCGCCGGAAGGUUCUCAACAGAUUGACGUGGGUGAUGUCGUAUGUCGUGCGACGCUGUGCCGUACAUUACGGCGACCGGGACCGGCAGAGAUGCACUUAGCCCAGCCCUGCGGUGUGUUGACCAAUCCUAGAUAGCUUGACGAUUAGGAGAGUGUGUGGAGAAUGGGGGCGGAACCUGGCGGAACUUUUAUAAUAUAAUACUGGUGUUCCAAGUUCAAAAUCCUCCAGCACACCACAUGCAAUUGAAAACCUAACCGUACUUAACACCAGUAAAACAUUUGCUAUCAUGCCCCUGCUGUAAUGUCCAAACACGCUGAUGCC